CGUGAUCCUGGCGCUGUCAGUGUCUCGCCGCCAUCAUGGCAGCAGCAACCUCCUUCACUCUUCUCUUGUUGGCUCACGCCGCCUCCAUCGUCGCGGGAGACACCACACCCUUGAUGAUUCCGGCUCAAACUUUCGAGGAAUUCCAAUCACAAAGCCAGGAUCAUUCUCAGGUCAUGCGAGAAGUUAUCGCCAGUGAAUUUAAUCACCAUGUUCCAGCCUUAAGUGACAAUCUGCGGGCCGAGUUAAUUAUCAUGAGAAAUGACAUAACUCAUCACAUCGACUCUCUGAAGAAUUACAUGGACAACAAACUUGACAGGAUGCAAAGAGAUGCUCCAAGCAAUGGCGGCAGUGAACCGGAGAACUAUAGGAGCCAUGAGAGUGAAGCUCGUUCGCCCGCCUCCAUCAGCAACUCUGCCUCCAUUCGCCACAACCUCGCCAUGGCCGAGCUGCGGCGUCUUGGUGCCGACCUCACCCGGGCUCUCAACGUGGAAGUGAGUAAAUUAAGGGAAGAGUUCCGCGCCUCACUCGACAACCUCCGGCAACAGGUCCAGAACUCUACUGAGAACAUGGCUGGCAGCCUUCAAAAAGAAUUUAUUGCAAAGGCGGACGAGAGCACAACCAUGCUAAAGAAGAUGUUUUUCCUUACCCGCAAUCAAAUGGCGUUAAUCCAGUCUCAGUUAGGCAACAUCACCACAGCUCUGCACGAGGAACCCACCCAACCCGAGGUUAUUGAAACUGUUACUAAGAAAACAGACACCACACAGAUCCCCACCAUCACCUCACAGGCCCCCACCACAAUAACAGAGGCUCCUAGCACAACCACACUGGCACCCACCACAAUCACACUGAUCCCCACCAUCAGAACCACACAGGCCCCCACCACAACAACCACACAGACCUCCACAACCACACAAGCCUCCACCACCACAACCACACAGGCCACCACAGCCUCACAGACCUCCACCACCACAGCCUCACAGACCUCCACCACCACAGCUUCACAGGCCACCACUCAAGACCCCACCACCAAGAAGGUCCCGACCACUACCACUAUGAAGGACCAAACUAUCCCAUCCACAACAAUUAAGCCAGAAGUGUUCCCCCGGGAAUGUAGAGAAGCGAUGAAGGAAGGAGGCUCCAGGACCGGCGUCACACAGAUACAGCCGGCGUACGACAUGCCUCUCAAGCGAGUGUGGUGCGAGCAGAGCGUGGAGGGCGGCGGGUGGACGGUGAUGCUCCGCAGGAGGCGCCAGGACCCCCAGCUGGACUUCAGACGCUCCUGGGACACCUACGCCAGAGGCUUCGGCGACCCUGACGGCGAGUAUUGGAUAGGUCUGGAGACGCUGUACCGGCUGACGAAGGGUAAUCCAUACAGCUUGCGGGUGCACAUGACCUGGGAGGACGAGGAGGCCACCUCCCUCUAUCACUUCUUCAGUGUGGGUCCCUCCAGGAGCAACGACCAUGGCUACGAACUAAGCGUCGGCGGCUACAACGAGUCCAGCACAGGAGGAGACGCCAUGGAGUACCACAACGGCAUGGACUUUACCACGUAUGACUCUGACAACGACGGCGCCACAGGCGGGAGCUGCUCAGAAUGGUCAGGGGGCGGUGGGUGGUGGUUCAACUUCUGCUACUACAGCAACCCCACCGGCAUCUACCCUCCGGCCGGCCUCCCGGAAUCCACCAAGGUCGACCACUUACUGGAGUGGCGCAAGUGGCAGGGCUACUACACCUACCUUUCCUCCCUCACCAUGAUGAUCAGGCCAAACUGAACCGCUGGUGUCUGGGGUGUUAGACUGUAACAUGAUGCAGAAUGUUGCCACAUUGCUGGCAACAUGCUGCAGGAUAUAGUUGCUGGUGCAUAACUUUCUGCCAAUUUAGUUUUCUUAGAUAAUUUAAGAAACUUGAAAGUAGAUUUAUAUUAACGAAUGUUAUAGCUAUGUAUCAAUAUUAUUAUUAAACUUAAGCUUAUAUAUAUCUUUUAAGGCCCCAGUUUGCAGGGAGCUGUACUGGUAUGAUGAACAUAAACUAUUAGAUUAGCAAGACAAGUGAGGAAUGCAUGAGGAAGAUUGAGAAUGAAAGUAAGCGGGUAACUGAGCGAAGUUAGAAACGCUAAGAGUAAAAUGGGGCUGUACGAUGGGGGACGGGGUGUUCCCCUGUAACCCCCCCCCAAAGGAAAGGUGUGCCCCAAGGAGGGAAGAGGGCGCAUAGUGUAAGUGGUAGUAUUGGAGGUCAGCAUGUGGAGUAGAGGGGCAUCUUGGGCAGCGUCCUGCGCUAUAGUAGUCGUUGGCUGAAGGAACAGGCAUCCCCCCUACCCAGGAUAAGAGAGGAGAGGGUUCCGCUCUCCUAUAAAAAGGAUGGCGCGACACAUGUCAGGCAUAAUUUUAAAAAUGAGUGAAUCGAGUUUAUAUUUUGGGGUUAUUAAUACUCUAGAUUCCACACUUUCUUUUCCCCUAUGUCCAUGUCUUCCCUCCUCCCCUCUACCUUUUCAUCUCCAUUUUCCCCACCUCUCCCUCUCACCCCAUCUCCUUGCCCCUUUCCCCCUCCAUCCUCGAACAAACCUUUCUUCCCCCGUUCCUUAGGUGACCACCCCUAAUCUUUCCUCAAAAAACCCUGAAAUAACUGUCUCAGAUUGCUGUUCUCUUCCUUCUCUCAGAUUUGGGGGAGGGCGGACCACCAGUGUUAAACAUUGUUAAUCACAUGCCAUAUUUUACAAUUGACUAUGAAAAUGAUAAAGGAUUAUUUAUAAUUGCUAUUUCUUAAAAGCUUUUAACUUGGGUCUAACCUGACCAGUCUGUCCUGUACCCAAGACCAUGCAAAUUUGGGCGAGGCUGGCCCUAAACAUCUGGCCUCCAAAUUUGGAUGGACAGACAUACAUUCUCUCAUCUGGUAUAGAUUUCUAUUAUUUAUUAGAAUUGAUUAGAUCAAUCAAAAACCAGCUCUACACCAUGUGCAGUAAAGGAAACCAGUCUGGUCAGGACAAAUUUUAAUUUGCAUUUUAAAAUGUUCCUCACCUGUUUGCAAAAUUGAUUUUCAAUGCUGCCAUAUACUUUUGCAGCCAAAUCUCCCCCUCCAAUUUUUUUCAACAGUUAAUACUUGUCCACCAUUUUUACAUUCAUCGCAUUCCUACUGAUCAUCCAUCCAACUAUUAUCCUCACUCGUUCACUUUCAAUCUUUCCAAUCAACCUCUUGGCAUCCACUUUCAUCUUCCUGUACUCAUCCAUUACAGAUUAAAAUAAAUCUUUCAUCCGUUAUUAAAUUAGUUCUUUCUAUUCAUUCUCUCCAGUCCUCAACAUUUAGGUCAUGAGCCGUAACUAUGUUCACCUAUAAUAACUCCCUUUCACAGGAUAGUUGGUAGUACAUGGGAUGUACUACUAGACAAUAGUACAUCCCAUGUACUACCUACUAGACAAUUUUACAGUACUAGGCUACUAGUUUUGUCUAGUAGCUUUUACUAGCUACUGGAUGAGCAUAGAUAAUGAGCAAACCUAAUAUCCGUGAACGAAUGAAAUUUAGUUGCAAUUUAGUUAUUAGUCUCCAGCUAGUAUAUCAUGCCACUUGGUCUAAAAUGUUUGAUAGCUGGUGGUGAGCCUGGGGUGGUCAGUGCUGACAAGCUAAAGUGUACUAAAAUAUUUUAUGAAUAUUAGUGCAACUCAUAUUUUGCAGACUGCACGCUGCACCAAAUUACAUUGGACGUACUACUAGCAUUAUGAAUAAGUGCCUUGGGCUUAAUUUAUAGGAGGGGGUAUAAAACAUGUACAGUACUCAUUAAUCUACACAAUCCCAAAUCAUCUCUACUUAGUUAAAAACUCCAUUAUCACUACAUGCACCGGUGAUGUAGGAGGCUAUGCAAACUUUAAGCUGUCUUUAAUUAUAAGUGGGCAGGACAGAAAUGGCUGGGCAUGUUUCCUUUCACUUGAUGCCUUUGUUCACUUAGCAGUAAGAUGGGUAACAGUGAGUUGGGCAACUGUUCUGGCUGUAACCUGGGGAAUGUCAGUAGUUGGCCUUAGCCUAGGGCCAACUACUGAUUUAGGCUUGCUCAGUGACUAAAUACAGGCUUCCUGUUCUUGACAAGUGAUAUUCUAUUCUGCACUUCACCUGACCCGCAAGAUUGACGGAUGCAGUGAUUUAGGGCAACUCGCACGAGUGACUAGGGUGAAGGGAUCCUUGCCUAUAGAACACUAAAAUAAUGUGUGUAAUUUGUUACAAAAUUUUAGUGUUCUUGGGUUUCCUGUACCUUAAUUUUUUUUUUCCAUGCAUAUCUAUCCUGUUGAAUUUUCAAGUGUGCCACCAUUUACCACCCACCAACAAUUUGGAGCCAUAAAUUCCAGAAUCAUAUCCAUGCUGGAAGGGGUACACAAAGAGUGGGGCAUUAUUUCUCCCAGUGGUAACAUUUUUUUGUGAAAACCAUUUACAGGUCUGCAUUAUCUGAAUAUUUUUGGUACUUUCAAUCAAAUUUCAUUUAUUUUUACUUUUAUUAAUAUAAUUUUUUUUAUAAAGUAUGUUCUUUGUUCAAAGUUAUAAUAUUUCUUGCAAUAUUAUGGGAAAAUAAAGUCCGCACAUGAAA